CGCCCUGGCAACGGACAACUUCCCCCUCCGACCGGGCCGCGAUGGCGGGGCCGGGCGCCCAGCUGGUUUCUUCAUUUCCAGUGGCUAAAGAACCCCAGAAACCUCGACCCAAAAAAGUGCCAGAGCUGCCAAUCUUGGAAAGAAGGAACUGGCUGAUCCACCUGCACUAUGUCCGCAAAGACUAUGACGCAUGUAAGAUGAUUAUCAAAGAACAACUCCAGGAGAGUCAUGGAAUGUGUGAAUAUGCAGUCUACGUUCAAGCUUUGAUAUUUCGCCUGGAAGGGAAAAUCCAGGAAUCUCUAGAACUCUUCCAGACGUGUUCCAUUCUGAAUCCUCAAAGUGCUGACAACCUCAAGCAGGUGGCACGAUCACUGUUUCUUUUGGGGAAACACAAAGCAGCCAUUGAAGUGUACAAUGAAGCAGCUAAACUGAAUGAAAAGGACUGGGAGAUCAGCCACAAUCUGGGUGUGUGCUACAUGUACCUGAAGCAUUUCAACAAGGCACGAGACCAGCUGAACAAAGCCCUGCAGCUGAACAGACAUGAUCUGACAUACAUAAUGCUGGGAAAAAUUCACCUUCUGGAAGGGGAGACUGACAAAGCCAUAGAAGUCUAUAAGACAGCAGUGGAGUUUUCUCCAGAAAACACGGAGCUCCUUACAACAUUGGGGUUGCUGUAUUUGCAGCUUGGGGCUUAUCAGAAAGCAUUUGAACAUCUUGGAAAUGCACUUACAUAUGAUCCCAGCAACUAUAAGGCUAUCUUGGCAGCAGGCAGUAUGAUGCAGACCCAUGGAGACUUUGACGUAGCCCUUACCAAGUACAGAGUUGUAGCCUGUGCUGUGCCUGAAAGCCCCCCGCUAUGGAACAACAUUGGAAUGUGCUUCUUUGGCAAGAAGAAAUAUGUGGCAGCAAUCAGUUGCCUGAAGCGUGCUAACUACUUGGCUCCCUUUGAUUGGAAGAUUCUGUACAACUUGGGGUUGGUCCACCUGACAAUGCAGCAGUAUGCAUCUGCUUUCCACUUCCUAAGUGCUGCCAUCAACUUCCAGCCCAAGAUGGGGGAGCUCUACAUGUUGUUGGCAGUUGCUCUGACAAACCUUGAAGAUACUGAGAAUGCAAAGCGAUCCUAUGAGCAAGCCGUAGCAUUGGACCAGUGCAAUCCCCUGAUCAAUCUGAACUAUGCUGUUCUGCUGUAUAAUCAGGGGGAUAAGAAGGGAGCACUCUGCCAGUACCAGGAAAUGGAGAAGAAGGUCAAUGUACUGAAGGAGACCAGCACUCUGGACUUUGACCCUGAGAUGGUGGACAUGGCCCAGAAGAUGGGAGCUGCUCUGCAGGUGGGGGAGAGUCUGGUCUGGGCUAAACCUAUUAAAGAUUCCAAAGCAAAGCAGCGAGCUGCAUCUGGCAAACCCUCCAGCACUCAGCAGCCUUUGGGCUCUAACCAAGCCCUGGGCCAAGCUAUGUCUUCAGCAGCUGGGUAUGGGAAGACUAUUCAGCUUUCUUCAGGUGUUGGAAUAUCAGCUCCGCUGGCCAAGCCCCCUUCACUGCCUCUGGAACCUGAACCAGGCUCAGAAACGGGCCCUGAAGAGACUACAGAGCCCCAAGAGCGAAGAAAAGAGAAGUGACACAGUGAGGAUCAGUCCCCUCUAGGAACUGAGCCUGGAGCCUCGUCAACAGCCGAGGAAGCUCUGCCACCUCCCUGUAGCAAGGUCAGUGGUAGAAAUGGGGGAUGGGGAGGAUGAUGAAGUGCAGAAAGCAAGUGGCAGCCAGGUCAGUCUGUGGGCUGCCAGCCUAGAACAAAGCUUUUGUGCCUGAUGGAGGGCCUCAGCCAAGUCCUCUGUUCAGUAGAGAUGAGGCUAUAGGCUCCUGAGCACUGGUGCAGUCGAGUUGUUCACAGUCAGUGCACAAGUUUAAUUAAGUCACACCUCUCUUCCACCUUUUGUGAAAAACCAUUUGCAAUACCCUUCCCUUGGGCAGCUAGCUGAAAGGAACCUGCAGCCUGUGCUCAGUGCUGAGCCCCUAGUCAGGCUGAAACCAUCAUACAGUGAUGCCUGUCCUGCAAGGUGGGAGGGGAUAGAGACACCUUCUCUCUAUGUGACUCUUUGGCAAGGAGCAAGGGAAAGGAGAAUAGGC